AUGGACGACGAAGUGCAGAAGAUCUUCAGCAAGUUCGACAAGAACGGCGACGGAAAGAUCUCUUCCUCGGAGCUGAAGGAAAUGCUUUCAACGCUCGGAUCCAAAACCACAUCCGAAGAAGUGAAACGCAUGAUGGAGGAAAUUGAUCAAAACGGCGACGGUUACAUUGAUCUCAAAGAGUUUGCUGAUUUUCAUUUAUCCGACGCCGGAAAAGACGACCCCGAUGAGCUUCGCGACGCUUUCGAUCUUUACGAUCUUGACAAAAACGGUGUCAUCUCUGCUAAUGAAUUGCAUUCUGUUAUGACGAAACUCGGUGAGAAGUGUUCUCUCAGUGAUUGUCAGAGAAUGAUUAGUAACGUUGAUGUUGAUGGCGAUGGAAACUGUAACUUCGAGGAGUUCAAGAAGAUGAUGGCUCGCUAG